AAAUCCUCUAUAAAAGAUUGAUAAGAUUUCUACUCAUUCGCGUAGCGUCAGUUGUACAGUUUGGACGUCAGUCGAUUCACAAUAAUAGUGCAACAUGAUAAAAACUGCAAUAUUCUCUGUACUCUUAGCUAUUGGUAUAUUCAUAUACUUCAGCUACCCAAAUGUCUUACCCGCCCCGAAUUUACCGGAACCAAACUGGGGACUAAAAAAUAUAAACAAAUCUACAGAAAUACGACCUUUCAAAAUCGAUAUACCAGCAUCGGUUAUAGAGGACUUGAGAUAUCGUCUUGCACACAGAAGACCGUUUACAAACCCACUGGAAGGUACGGCAUGGACGUAUGGAAUCUCUACCAAGUACCUCGAUACAGUAUUUGAUUACUGGAUAAGUAAAUAUAACUGGACAGAAAGACAAGCAUUAUUGAAUAAAUAUCCCCAGUUUAAAACAAACAUUCAAGGCCUAGAUAUUCAUUUUUAUCAUGUUAAACCGGCAAAUCUUCCAAAAGACAAACACGUGAAAGUUCUACCUCUAUUGAUACUGCAUGGAUGGCCUGGAUCAAUUGUUGAAUUUCAGAAAAUAAUACCCAUGUUGACAAAACCUUCUGCCAAUCGCGAUUUUGUAUUUGAACUGAUUAUACCAUCGCUACCUGGGUAUGGGUUCUCUGAAGGUGCUGUUCGGCCAGGAAUGGGAAGUGCACAGAUUGCAGUUAUCUUUAAAAACCUGAUGCUGAGACUUGGUUUUGAAAAGUUUUACGUCCAAGGAGGAGAUUGGGGAUCCAUUAUUGUCUCCAACAUGGCUAUCCUAUAUCCAAAAAUGGUGAUUGGUGUACAUAUAACUAUGUGUGCUUCCCUUAAACCAGAGACUUUAUUUUGGUUUACUAUCGGUUCUUAUUUCCCAUCACUAGUGCUCAAUAAUGAAGAUUAUUCGAAAUUCUAUCCUGUUGGUAAAAUUUUACGAAAUCUAAUCGUUGGAAGCGGAUAUUUACAUAUACAAGCCACAAAACCGGACACAAUAGGAACUGCUCUAUCGAGUUCGCCAGAUGGUCUGGCAGCAUACAUUUUAGAAAAGUUUAGCCUAGGGACAAAUAAAGCGUAUAUAGAACGAGAAGACGGCGGACUAUUGGAAAAAUUUACAUUGGACGAACUACUAGAUAACGUAAUGGUAUAUUGGGUAACCAAUAGUAUUACCACAAGUGUUCGUCUUUAUGCUGAGAAUUUCAAUAUGGCAUACAGAGCUUUAAAAGUUGAAGCAUUGCCUAUAGAAAUCCCAACAGCUUGUGCAGUUUUUCCUCAUGAAAUAUUAAUUCAACCCAAAUCACUACUUCUUAGUAAAUAUCCUUAUCUAAUUCAGUAUAACUACCUUUCACGUGGGGGACAUUUCUCAGCUAUGGAAGAACCUCAACUUUUGUCAGACGAUGUGUUCAGUUUUGUGAGAAAGGCAGAAAUAAUUAAUAAUGCAAAGUGUAAUUUAUAAUGUAAUAUAAUACUUAGGUUUUAGUAUGAAGUUACAAAAUUGUCGAUAUAAAUUGUA